AAUUCACAAAAAAUAUUAAAUAGACGAUCUAAAUUAACUACUAUGCGAUGGGGAUAUAACACACGGUAGCAGACUAUCAGGAGCAGACGAACACGGACUUUCAAAAUAGCUGAUGACUCGCCCACGUUAAUCCAGAACCAUGCAGCGUUGCUUGUUUUCCCGCACUUGCAUCCUGUGCUCAAGGACACCUUCCUUUGUGUCCAGGAGAGACUACCAGGCUAAGCAAACCAAUUUCAUUACCCAGCAUGAUGCCCAGAGUCACCACCCACAGGGGCUGUUGCUCCCUCUACCACUAAGGUCACCCAAGUAUCGAAGUAGGUUUAGCACAAGCUCCGGGCAGGACAGCGAUGACAAGAACAGCAAGGUGGACUUCUCCAAGGAUCCAGAAGUGAAGAAGUGGCUCAGUGAGUUGCAGAGCGACUUUGCAGAAGAACUGGGGAAAUCCAGAGAGGAGUGUAACGAUGGGAAAGAGGAGAACCAAGGAAACAACAAGAAUGACACAAAUCACCUUCCAAAAUCAUCGGGUACGGACAAACACGCUGCAGACUCAAACACAGGAUCGGAAUUGACAGCCAUGAAUCCCUGGACCAAGCUCACCACACAGAAGUACGAAAAGUUCAGCAUGGACAAAACGCAUAUAAUCUAUGACUACGAUGAAGAGCAGAGACGGCUAGCAGAAGGGAUAGUGGAAGAAGAAACAGAAGUGGAGGAGCUAGUGCUGGAAAGAGGUAGAACGGGUGUUUUCGACGUUGAGGAAUUAGUGGAUUUCUUAAGGGAGGAGAAUGCCAGGGAUAUUGUCGUCAUUCAGGUGCCCCCAGAAAUGAAGUAUGUGGGUUACAUGGUCGUGGCCACUAGCCUGUCCCAGCGGCACAUCAACGCCCUUGCAGAAACCAUCCGCCGGAUUUACAAGAAGAAGAAGAACAGGAAAGACCCAUCACUCAUAUGUGAAGGGAAGUCAACAAAUUGGGUGGCACUGGAUAUGGGUAACAUUGCACUGCACAUCAUGAAACCGGACAUCAGAGAAGAAUAUGACUUAGAGACUCUGUGGACAGUUGGUGCGCAGUUCGACGACAAAUGCCAAGAGGUUGAUGAAAAUCCGAUGGACCUGUUCAAUGCGAUGGGACAUUUUACAAACACAGGGGAUUCAUCAGAGAAGUUUAUUAGGCCUUAAUACUGUGAUGUGAACUGAGGAAGAUGACUUGUUGUGUGGAGAAAGGAAUAUGAUAAUUUGCUUAAUUUACAGUGAGGAUUAUAUGAUAUUAAAAUGAUCAUACUGGAAUUGUUGUUAUUGUUUUUAAUUUAUUAUUUAUUAUUUUUUUAUACUUAUUCUGAGAAAUGAUAUGGGCUGUAAACUGCCAUGUAGCAUACACAAUUUUAGAAAAAGGUUUUACAAAAUUAUAUAUAUUUUUUUUGUCUCCAUAACAUUGAGUUACAUGGUAUUACUUUUGUAUGAGCUUUCUUUAAUGGAUGUUGUUAUAACUCAUUGUGGGCUUUGCUAGGGGACGGAUGUUUAAUCAGUGUCAUUAUAUAUUUGGAAAGUAUCUUAAUUUAUAACUGUAUUGAAAUAUGAAGAAUUAUAAAAUAGGUUCUAGAUUGGAAAAAGUCUAUGCCUUUUUAUUUCCAACUUUGUAAAUUAUGUAAAUUAUAGAAAAUACUUACAUGUACAAACACUGUAAAAAUGAAAAUGAAAAAAAAAAGUAUAUAAAGACUGUGUUAAAGAUAUUACCUGUAUAGAUGUACAAAUAAAAAGAGAGAAUUGAA